AUGAACGUCGAUUGUGAUUACGUUUCCACCAAAGGAGGAGGAGGAGAAGAAGAAGAAGAAGGAGGUUCGUCGAAAACGUUACAGUUUCGAAAGCGCGGCAUUUUGGAAGAGCAACAACAACAACAUCAACAACAAAAGCACACCAAAACGUCAUCGUCGAGAAUAAAGCUCGCGAGAACGACGACGACGACGACGGCAAGAAGAAGAAGAAGAAUAGCAAUAAGACCAAGGCGAACGACAAUAGGAAAAGCAUCCAUCAAAUCGCAAAAAGAAGUCAUGCGCUUGCUUCUCGAUUCGGAGUUAGAACCGCAUCCCGAGGACGUAAAGGAAGUCGAAGCGCAGCAAAAAGCCAAAGAAGAGAAGGAAAGAACGGAGGCGGCGAAAAAAGCGGAAGCGGCGAGACUGGCCGAAGCGGCGAAAAAAGCGGCGGAAGAAGCGGAAGCGGCACGGAAGAAAGCUGCUUCGGCUGCUGCGACGUUACCAGCUCCAACGACAACGCCUCUGGUGAGUGAAAAACCAGCGGCUUCGCAACCACCAACGACGACGACGACGACGACGACGACUGCGUUUCCCUUCCCUCCGGCACCGAAUCCUACAGCGCCCGCGUUUACCGUUGGUUCGAGCGCAGCGCCUCCAUCGUCCUCGUCCAAGAGAACGUUUCGUAAGAGACGGUAG